GGGAUGAGAGAGGGAGCAGGAGGGAGGCAACCUGGACCCGCGUAGUGAAAGUCGACUCACUGGCCGCCCGACCGAGCCACAACACCCAGCUCCUCCACACUCGCUGCGUCCCUCGCUACUCUCACUCGCUUCUCUCACUCUCACGCUCAAGAUGCGGUGGUUGAGCGUGGUGCUGUGGGCGUGGUCGUGGUGGUGGUCGUGGGCGGUACCAGUCCCGGGUAGUUACUACACCGACGAGGCCGCUGGCAGACUCCUCCACUACGACAUUCAAUCCGGAGACUGUGUUCUCUUUGGCGACAGACGCAUCGUGGACGAGAUCAUGCGAGAACUGGCGUCAAGCGAGAGUCCCGUGGCCGUGGUGGAGGCUGCCGAGCUCACUGCCCUCAUCUCCGCCUGCUACGCCCGCGCCGCCCACGACAAGCGCAACCAACCUCCCUCUGCUACCAAUUUCCCUCAUAUUAUAUACCCAGGUACCAAGUGGUGCGGCACAGGGAACGUGGCUGAGGGGCUGGACGACCUGGGACCCUUACGUGAGGUGGACGCUUGUUGCCGAGACCACGACCUCUGUCCAGACGACCUAGAGCCCGGCCAGACCCGACACAACAUCUCCAACGACUCUCCCUUCACCAUGACACACUGCGACUGUAACGAGAGCUUCAGGAAGUGCCUGAUGAAGGUGGGGCUGGGAAGCGGCGAGGCUAAAGAAGUGGGGUCAGCCUACUUCUCGACAGGCCUCUUCCAGUGCUACCGUCUGGCCAAGCCCACCAAGGGAUGUAAGCAGUGGGCCGGACUACUAACUCAGGCGUGUCAGGAAUACGAAUUCGAUGAAGAAGGUGAACCUCGCUGGCAGGUGUUCGAUAUGAAGUCUUUUGAGUAGCCGAAGAGGACCUGAUCGAUGAAGACCUAUUCGAGAAGGACCUGACGAAGACAACGACGAUGACCUCCAAAAAAACAACUGGAGGUGACUUAACAAUAGAACAAAUUUCAUCAACGACUAAAAAUACAAUGAGGUCACGAAACUACAGAAAAGAAUGAGUGAGCAAACAAAAUAAAUAAAUGUUGACGAUGAAAACAAACACAAUGAAUAACGCAAACACAAUAUUACGAAAACUGGAACAAGUUCAAUAAUUAUAAAAUGCAAUCGUAAGGCGCGAAGAUUAAAACACUUUUAUUUCAGUGAUCCCUCACCGGGAAGUAAAUAUUGUAGAAUGAAUUUAAAAUCAAAAGUAGAUGGACUGUGAUAUAGCGAUGACGACUAUAGGGAUAAAAAUAAUGUGAUUAGACCUUGUGAAAAAAACAUAAAGGAAAUUUGAUAAUGGAAAUGAUUACAUUACAUCGACAUUACGAUAUUGCACUCGGAGAAUAAACUUGGUAGAGGAUCAGAUAAAAAUAAUGUUUAAUAACGAGGGAAAUAUUACAAUGAGUGUCACAAUAAAAUAAUGAAUAAAAAAGAAAUACAGUAUUGCCAAACUGUCAAAAUACUGUCUAACAAUUCUUGAUGAGGACUUAUUUAAACGAAAAUAAACAGACUAAAUAAAAGUAUAUAAAAUUAACUAGGUUCAAGGGGAAAAAUCAGAAUUUAGAGAACUUUAGUAUUUCUUUGCCGUUCUUGCGCACCGAAGUAGAUAUUUUGGACUUUUUGUACAGAAGACAAAUGGUUCCUUACCUCGACACUACCCCAUAGCGCAUACUCUCGGGGUAACGAACAACUUUCUUCAUUAUAAAGCUCUAAAAUAAACAGAUAAGGAGCGUAAGAACGGAAAGGUUUUAUAGGACAAUUUUAAGUGAUAUAAUAAAGAUAGGAAAUAUUUCAAUAGUUUAUCGGCAGAAUAUAAAGCAUGACUCGGGAAAUGAACCAAGAGAGUAGACACGUGACAGGCUCAGGUUCUGCCUUGGAUACACAGUAGAAAACAGACUCAGUCCACCUACUUCACUUUAUAAGUAAUCCUCUACUUAUCAAGAUGUAAACAUGAUACAACUUCUUCUAUCAGUAUUUCAACCUAUGAUUAACUUUCUCAGCAGUAUCUUAGUGUAAACUGACUUUCACAGUAUUUUAACAUGCAGUAUAACAUGUCUCAACCAGGUGUGACAUAACAGUAUCACACUUGAGAUGAUUCAUUAUAUUGAAAUGUGACUUCCUUGCCAUAAUAUUUACAUAAGUGACUUCAAUUACAAUUAUAUAAAAAACAAAGACUUUUAUUGCCAUUGUCUCUUCACAAAGUAAAUUUAUUGUUUUCAUUCUUUUAACAAAAACUACCUUAUUUCAACAAAGUAACUUAUUCGCACUAUAUAAAGUAACACCUUAUUAUCUAAUAUUCUAAGCACAAAGUAGCUUCCUUUUCUACCAGUGUUUCAGUAUUAAAACUAACUUUAAGUACAUCCUGCUGUGGUAGGAAACUUUGCCUCGAUACAAGAAUAACUUUUCCAUUUUAAGUGACUUGAAGUGAGAAUAGUUACUUUCAGUAUACAGUACUAACAUACAGACACAGCGACUCUACAUCAGAGUGCUGUUCCAUUACAGUAUAAGUAUCUUUGCACAAAGGAAACUACAUGAGUAACUGUGUGCAUAUGUAACUUUGCUUAAGAUUGACUUUUAUUUUGUUUUUUAACUUAUUUUGCACACGAGUUAACAUUGAGUUACUCUGUAUAUGUUACCUAUUAAAAGUAGCUUUUAGCGUUUUAAGUAAACUUCACACACUGAUUCUACAGUAGAGUAACUACGUGCAUAAGAUUUGUGUAUUAUAAGUAACCUUCCAUAUCUUGAUAGGCCUCAUAAGCGUGUAUUCUCGAGCAUAGACUGAUGUAGAGUUUAGUUAAGAUGUGCCCUGCGAGGCCAACAACUCCUCUUGAAUUUAAUGUUUGAUACUUAAAGUUUGACACAACAAUGCCGUCAUGUUACGCUGAAUACUUGCACACUUACUUAAACUUCACUUUUACUUGCCAUUGAUGAGUAGAACUCAUACGAAUUAUAAUAUUUUGUCUUAAAUUAAUUAUAUGGAUACAUAAAAUUUAUUUCACAAUUGUAACUUUAUCCCCUAUACUGUAUAACAUUAAAGAAGAAACACCCUAGUUUCUAGUUUAUUACAAUAUAGUUUUAUUGUAUAAUUGUGUCAAAUAACAUAUGUGCCAUAAUUUUGUGUACAAAAACUAAGCAAAAAAAGUUCCCAAGUAGGUGUGAGAACCCUGUAGUGUUGAAGGGUGUGUUGUACUGAGACACACCCAGUUUAGUAUUCCAUCAUGCCUUGUCUGACUGCCACCUCCUGCAGGAGACUCUACACAGAAUCUGGUAUUGAAUCUCUUAUACAGUCUUGCUGGUGAGGAAGGCAUAAUUAUUACAUUUCAUAUUGGUAUGAGCAUGUCACUUCCACAACAGUAAAAAAUAUAAAAGAAA